AUGACGACGAAGCCGAGCAUGCAGAGCGGGGCUGCGGUGGCGGAGAAGGCGGCUGCGGCGGGCCGCGGCGUCAAGGCCACCGAGGAGCAGGCGAGGGCGAUCAUCUGCACUGCCAAGAGGGUGGUGGAGGAGGCGGCAGCCAACAAGGCCAAGACGAUAGGCCGGGACGGCGCCGGGAAACCGCCGCCGCCGUCGUCGCUGAAGAGGUCGCUCGAGUGCUUCCUGGAAGGGCGAAAGAACAAGGCGCCGUCGUCUUCCGCAACUCGUCGCCACCUCGAGACCUCCACCGCAUCUUCAUCUUCGUCGUCUAACUAA